AGAUAUAGAUAUGAACUGCCGCAAAUAUUAAUAUUUGUUUGUUUAAGCCACGAGUGAAUGAAGCAUAUUUCAAUUAUCCUACAAUGACGUGCUUCAGUGUAUUAUUUCACAAAUAGCGGUCAGGUGGGUUUGGUUAAUGAAAAUAUACUCGUAUUUUCGCAUUUUGUGAAAUAUUUAAUUACUGCAUGUAUCAAUCUGUCGAAGGAGAAAGAACCUUGCAUUAGAUAUACAUUUCACAUCGGUAAUUUUAGUUUUCAUUAAAAUUUCUUUGUUAUUCCUCGGUAUCCCUGAUGCUAUAUGGAAUCAGUGCAAUUGAAAACUUUAUAAUUAUUUAAUGAGACCAGAUAUUUUUUAAAAAAAUAAUAAUAUCAUAUGUCGUGUGUUAAUGUCUGUGGUCACUCUCUUCUAUUUAUCACCAAGGUCUUUGGUUUGCCUUCAAAGGGAUAGAACAGGGAUGAAAUGAUGAGAUUCUUGUAACUUUUGGAUGACCCCAGUUUGACAAAGACAGUCCCAAUCAAUUGUCCUCGGGCUUUAUUCUACUCUUUUCUGUGAAACUGGACUUUUGUAUCUUUGUUUCUCUAUUGUAGCUCAUCAGCUAUAGUUCAAUGUAACGCAAUACAACGUAAAUAAAAAUUAAAACAACUUAACAGCAAAAAAACACACACACACACACACAAAAUCUUGAUUCUAUUCCUAAACCCGUUGUUUAAUUAAGAAGACCGGCAGGGGUUAAAAUCCAGUUAUUAUAAUGAUCACGGAUAGGAUGCUUGUUAUCUGCUGUUUAUAGCAUCUGCGCAUAUUUAAUCACUGUUGCAUUACUGAAAUGUACCAUUUUAUUCCAAACAAUCUGAAUAUUUAGCAAACUUUGUGAAAAUUGCUGCUAGGUGUAUGCUUAACCGUUAAUAGACUCCCUUUAGCUCCAUUGGCUAAUCCAGUCACAUGGGUGCCCAACUUUAUUCAGUUGACAGCAAGUAGGAGGGCUUUAUGGAAGGAGAAAAAAAGACAACUCGAGAAAAAUUAGUAUUUUCUACCUUCAGAAAUUAAUGGCCAUGAGUUCGUAUAUGGUGAACUCCAAGUAUGUGGAUCCAAAAUUUCCUCCUUGUGAGGAAUAUUCGCAGAAUAGCUAUAUACCUGACCAGAGUACAGGGUAUUACAGUCCAUCGCAGGGCACAGAUUUCCAGCAUCCAGGAAUCUAUUCACGGUCAAACUACACCGAGCAAUCCUUUAGCUGUAACACUGAUCAGGGAUCUACAGUGCAGCCGCGGGGUCAUGUGCAGGAGCAGCCCAGCCAACAGAGUCCUUUCACGGCUCAAAGUGAGCAGUGCCCGCCGGUCCAAAUAUCUGGGACACGGUCUUGCAACCAGCAGCAAAGCACCAAGAACCAAAACGGGAUACAAGCCAAACAGCCAGCAAUAGUUUAUCCCUGGAUGAAGAAAGUCCAUGUUACCACGGUGAAUCCAGAUUAUUCAGGAGGGGAACCUAAACGAUCACGGACAGCUUAUACAAGACAGCAGGUUUUAGAACUGGAGAAAGAAUUUCAUUUUAACAGGUAUCUUACGAGGCGGCGUCGUAUUGAAAUCGCGCAUACCCUGUGUCUUUCUGAGCGACAGAUCAAAAUCUGGUUUCAGAACAGAAGAAUGAAAUGGAAAAAAGACCACAAACUUCCAAACACAAAAGGCAGAUCUUCGUCUGCGCCUAGCCAGCAUUUACAGACUGUGCAGAAGGACAACCAAACUGAUAUCACAACUUUGUAAGAGAUGGACAUUGCAUUUUCUCCACUCUUCCGCAAAGAACUGUAUAUAAUAGACACUGUUCAUCAGAAUUUGCAUGAUCCAGAAACCUGACUUUUUUGGUUGUUCCCAUUAAUGUAAAACGAAAGCAAACAUAACAAAAAUGUCGUCAUCUGGAGCUGCAAUAUGAGGACUUUGUACUGAUUUACCAUCACGCCGACCAUAGUAACUUUUUAGGUGGUGCAGAAGAUGAACCUUCACUUGCUUCAACGAGGUACAGUAGUUCACUAGAAACGAAAACAUACAAUAUUGGACAAUAUUGCUAUCCUUUAAUUUUAUAAUGAAUGUCCGGUGCUUUCUUGUGGUAAUAUUGUUUACUCUGAUAUUCUACGUGUACUUUUGGGUCAAGUCUUCCUCACGUGCAUUUCAGCAGGUACGAGAAAUUGGCCUGUGGUUUAAUGUUUUUAUUUAAUUGAGAAAAGGAAAGAAGUAUAUGUGAAGCUUAUUGUGCUUAUGAAGUUGCUAGUGGUAUGUGAUCCAAUUUUGCAUUUUUUUUCCUUAAAAAGAUACCAAAAUUGAUGCACAUAAUUUUAAA